AGAUGGAUCACCGACACACCGUGCACAGCAUCGAAGAGCUACACCAGCUACCGGCUGCAGAUGUAACCGAAAUCGAUAUAAAACGACCGGGCGUGCAUCUGGACGAUAGAAUAGCCAGAAAAUUGCAAAGGUUCCCGCAUCUGGAACGAUUAAAUGUUUCCGACGCGUACGUCAGAAAAUCAUUUGUCGGUAAUCUGCCGCCGACGAUACAGGCGAUCUUUACCAAUUGUUCGAUGAAAGUUUGCGUGCCAUCCAAGCCGCAAAAAAAUCAAGCUGACGACGUAUUGUGUAUGAAAAGACCGAGCCGCAUGAUCGAAAAAAUCGAGAAUCUUUCCAGCCUCGACAACUCUGUUCGUAGACUCUUUCUUACCAGACCAAACGGCGUUAUCGACGGAAAUGUUGCAAAGAAGCUUAACGCAUUUCCGAUACUAGAACGAUUGGACAUUGUCAACGCCAUGGUGGAUUUAACGUUUCUCGACGUUCUGUUGCCAAACAUUC